UGUCACUGAAGCUGGUUGAAGCCAAGUUUUUCUGGGGGUUUUAACUAGUUAACCAGCAGACUGGUAUACGUGUGUGUGUGUGUGUGUGUGCGUGUGAGAACGCAGUUAGACAGGGUUAGUGUUGAGCUGACGACAGACUCGUUACUACGGAUUUGAAAGUGUUGCCGGAUCAACGCGUGUGCCUCGCCGCUUCCGGUCCGCGUUCACCGACGUGACGGAUAUAAAGUCUUCAUCUCAGCUGAAACACGGAGCUCGCUAAAAGUCUCCUUGCAGCCGCAGGGGGAUGCAGGUGGACGUGGAGGUGCUGGAGUUUCGGGUUCCUGUGGAGAACAACAAGACUCUGUUCGUGUGGGACAUCAAGCCGGGUCCCACUGAGGCUCAGAUCCAUGAGGAGCUGUUCGCCGUCUUCUCGUCCUUCGGGCCGCUCUACCUGCUCAAGGUGAACCCCAACGCUCCGCAGCAGCCGCCUGGCUUCUACGCCAUCGUCAAGUUCUACUCUGCAGCUCAGGCGGCGGCGGCUCAGAGGAGCGCCGACGGACAGCGGCUGCUGGACAGCUCCACCCUGAAGGUGAGGCUCUCCUCCAAGCAGACUCCUCACUUCCUGUCUGGCAGGCCCCGCCCACUGAGCCACGCCCACUGCCUGCGACUGGCCAAUCACCUCCUGGGCUUCAACGGCUGGACCUCUGACAUCAUCACGCUGAAGGAGCUUCCCGCUGAGGAGGAGGAGGAGGAGGAUGAAGAGGAGGAGGAGGAGGAGGAGGAGGAGCAGGGCGAGCGGCGUGGCGAGCGGCCGGCCGCCGGCCGCAGGAGGACGCUGAGGUUGGGCUGCUUGCUGCAGCUGUCCUUCCCUCAGCACGGCCGGAGCGCCAGAGGAGCCGCCGUGGUGAAGGACAGCUUCACCUGCUCAGGUCCUGAGGUCGAGCUGCAGAGACGCUGCAGGCUGCAGAAGCAGGUCCGAGAGAGCGCUCUGGUCCAGGCCUUCUCCUCGGUGCUGCUCAUCCUGCUCGGAAAUGGUAAAGUGAUGGUGGAGCUGAGACACACGGAUCAGAUGACAGACGAUCAGACUGAAGGACUCCUGCAGGUAAACGAGUUCAGCUGGAUCGACGUUCCUGCCGAUGAAGACGAAGCUGAGGAUGAAGAGUGGACCUGACGGCGGCGUGCAGCUGUCAUGAACGGCGCCCGUCGUUUUGCCUGCUCCGAAGAUGUUUGCAUCAGAAGAGUUGAGUGACAGUGGGCGUGUUCACCAAUCAGUCGACCAAUCAGAGGAGAGGUGGGCGUGGUGAGAAUCGUGGGAGAAGCCUCUGGACGCCACUCAGGUGUUUCUCCUGAAGGCAUCACUUCACUGCUCUUUUGUUUGAAUUCCAGCUGUGCUCUGAUUGGCUCGCUGAGCUCAGGCCACGCCCCUAUGAACUUCAAAAUCACAGGUGAAGAACAUCGUGUGAGUCUCUGUUUCUGAUGAACACUGAAGAAUCGGCUUGUUUUACCAGACAAUAAUCUGUUACUUUCAGCUUGUGUCAAUAAAUUUCAUUUCUU